AUGCCGCUCUAUUUACACCCUCACCUGAAGCGGGGACUGGACUUUGAUGGUUUCCAUGUCGACCCAGAAGACCUCCUCGAAGAACCACUCGCAGAAUACGAGGACGCUGAGCACCGGGCAGCGAAGCGACGAAGAAUCGAAGCGAUUGCAUCCCGAUAUCUGCGUGGCCGAGCACCCGUCAUUGUCACAGCAGGGCUAAGAGGACCCUUCAACAAUGACUGGAAGAACCCAUGGGCAAAACCCAUAGUAGAAAAAAAGAAGAAGAAGAUAUCACACAAGAGCAACAAGGCCGCUGUUGGUCGAAGAGACGCAAUUGGGCAUAGGAGCAGCGCAAGGGUGAGGAGGAGCACUGAAAGCGUUGUCGUCGAAGAAUCCGCGCCGCCCCAGACAGAGUCGCCAGAAACAUCCAGGGCUGCCAAGGACGACCUCGACCGCCGCGAACACGACGAUAGCCUCGACGAAAUCGAAGUCCCGCCCGCGACAGCGCCCUUACCCGACGACGACGACGAAGAAGAUGUACCCGAAACGAUAGAAUCCGUGAGCAUAUCCACGGCUAGAUGCAUACAAAGUCGCUCUCCCAUGACAAACCCAUUCUGGUUGCGUCGCCCUGACUCCGCCAGAGUCGACAUGCGCAAAGCCACAAACCGGAACACGGACACGUCUCCAACACGAUCACGAUCGCGAAAUAGCGCCUCACAAACACAAACGUUAUCAGAAUUGCGGCUCAGUCUCCCAAAAGCACCUAUUCAGGCUCAGACAUCGGCACUUGGAGCAUUGGAGCAAGAGGAAUGGGCAUCAAGCGCGUCGGCUUCCAUGAUGAUAUCCUCACCUACCAGGGGUGCCGAUACGGAAGUUCAGGCACAAGUCCUAACCGCUGCAGACUCAGUAACCGAGGCAGGUGAUACUCCGGCUCUGACCAUAGCAACACCUCACAGCAGUCAGUCGGGACAACGGUCACAGCGGACAGUACCGAUCAUUACUUCUUCGAUAGGAAGUCAAGGAAGACGUACAAGAGAUGAUGUACAGCAGUCUGCGGGCCGAUCUAUCAACUCAACAUCAGCCUCGAACCCAAGAGAACCGCCACGACGCUCCAGUCACCAAGAUACACAUAAUGCGUCCACGCCCAGGCCAGUUUCUAGAAAAUCGAAACUGAGGCCGAGAGCAGUCAACUUCGACUCAUCGCCAGAGAAAGCUCCCUCAGUCAGAGAACCAGUUGCUGACAAGACUGCUACCCAGGAUGAAGCCAAGAAUGAGCUGCAGGAGGUCUGUACAGAGGAAGUUACCGUCGAAGUGCAAGCAUCUCCGCAGGUGGAAGGACAUGUUACUGUGGUCCAGGAUGAGAAUUCGGAUUUCCGCACAAGUCGAGGCAGUCAUAAUUCUGACUGGUCUACACAAGCCGCAUUGCUGCGAGCUCAGCUUGAGUUCCAGCAAAGCACUUUCCCCAUAGUAUCGCCUGAGGUCCUUCGAUUGGAUUCACAACCCUCACUUCGAGAUACACCCCGUCCGUAUUUGGCCGCUCCCAUCGCAGCAACUACACCCCAUUCUGGCUUCACGGUCCAGCGAGACGAACCGCUGGCACCCGAGACUGUACUGCAGGCUCCACCCAUCAGUACGCAGGACCUCUUUGGCGCAGCGUCACCAUUCGCGUUCAGCACAGUGAAGAAGAAGCCUGAAGAAUCACAACGAAGCAAUCUGCGGUUCGCUCUCAGUCCUAGUGAUGGGGUACUGAAAGCUGACGCAAUCGCUAAGAGCCCCACUCCUGGUACCGACCGAAUUCCAUUGAAGGAUAAGAACAACAUCACAUCGAUCUGGAGCUUCACUACAGACAAAGCUUCACAAGGAUCUCAGGGGCUUUUAGGUGACAUGUCCAAGGGGGCGUUGAAGGACAUUAGAUUCCCAGCACUGGACAUCGACACGUCACUAGGUGACUUCGGCCCUACUGGUGAUCUGGAUUUUACAGAUCGAUUCCUUCGUAAUAUAGACGACACUUGA